AUGUCUUCUUCUACUGAGAACGAUGGCAUCGUCGCUGAGCCUGUUGCUAACGCCAAUUUGGUUUUCGUCAACGACGUUACUACAACAGAGGCCGAUAUCGAUGUCGAAUACAAGUCGGAGGCCGCCAUACCAGCUGAGGAGUCCGACCAAGUUCCUGAAUUUGAGGCCACACCAAUCGGUGAGGGCGUAGAACUGGAGUCGCCCUCCAAGCUUACUGCGCCUCACGUAGGAGACGACACAUCUCUUGAGGACGGCGAAAUCGGUGAGGUUGUGCAUGAGAGCAUUGUGAUUCGAGAAGACAAACCGAUCGCCAGGGAAUCGGAGCUUUCUGAAGUCAAGGACGGUGAAAUCACUAAGCCGUUGACCACUGUGCAUCCGGAUAGUGAGAAAGAAGACAUCGAACAUCUUGCAAUUGAGCAGACGGAGGACUUGACACAGCAUCAAGACGUUGUGAACCUCCCAAUGGACCCCACCAUCGACGAGGAUCAAACUUGCGUCCAGGACAGCGAGCGGACAGACACCACUGACUCAUAUCCGACAUCUGCCAUUCCUGACGAUACUACUGCGGUUGACCAUCAAUCCGCUGAAGUUCAUACAGAGAUCAAUGGGGACGGUGGAGUUGCAUCGACUGAGCAGAGCAAGUCUAAUGCGGAGGCUAACACUCCAGACUGCACCGUCGACGACGACGAGGACACUGCUGUUGAGACACCAGUUCAUUCAGAGUCGACUCGUACUAUGCCACCACAUCUGCGUCCUGGAUUCAAUGCGUCAGCACUACAUCAUGCUGGCCCCCUUGGCUCAAAGCAUCCAGCACUGCCAGCCGAAAACCUCCGUCCGUUUGAACCUCCACGCGCUCCCCGCUUCAUGCAGCCGUAUCAGGCCAACCGUGCCGACGCAGACCGCGAGGAGCUCGCCCGAAUGAGUGCCAGGCUCAUGAAAGGCCGCAGCGAGCUUGAGAUAGAGCGUAGGAAGAACGCUGAUCUGCGAAAGACGAUCGAGACUGAGAAGCAGGGCGAGAUGGACGCUGCACUGUCAAUGAUGCUCGCCGACCUCCUCCACAAACAGUCUGAAGUUAUCGCGGCCAAGGCGAAAGUCCAGCAGAAGGAGCGCGACCUGCACUUCCGCGAGCAGAAGAUCGAGCAGCUUGAAGUUUUUCUUAGUGAGGGCCAGAAGCAACUCCACUACCAGCUCGACAAGGAUGGCGUCCGCCACAUGACUGAUGUUGAGGUCGAGCGGAUACAGCGUGAAGCCGAGUUGGCUGUCAAGAAGCGCAUUGCAGAUAUCGAAGGGAAGAUCGCCGACCAAAUCAACCGUCUCCGUAUGCAGGAGAGCGCCCAGACCCUCCGCGAACAGCAAUACAAAGCAAUCAUUCGGACGUCGCUCGAGUCUGAAGUGCGUGAGAAAGUCGCACCAGAGAUCGAAACUCAGAUUUCGCAGAGGGAGUACGAGCGUGGAUUCGCUGCCGGUAGCACUGCCUCGCCGAAGGUUCACGAGACUCCGGUAAAUGAGCGCACGAUGACGGCUCAAGACCGCGAGAUAUCUUUCCUCGAAGGUUACGCGGCUUGUCAUCGCACGCAGCUCGCUCUCAGCCGGAUGCGCAAUGGCCGGAUCCCUCUCGACAGCCCGGAGCUGGACUUCUUGCGCGACGUAGAUCAUCCCGAGAACUUGAUUAAUCGGGGCAUGCAGCUCGGGCGGAUGGAGAUGCAGUCGGCGCGUCACAGCGAGCAGUUGACGCCGAUCCUGGCGCAAAGCGUGCAGUCAACACAACAGCAGCGGCAGGCUGACGAGCCAGUGCGCAGGUCCCUCCCUCCCCACUUAAGAGCGGCGGUACAGCAGCAGUCCGUCCCCCUUGCUCGACCAGCAAACCCACCAACACAGCAUCAACCACCGAUCCGCAGUGCCCCACCUUUUCCGCCUCCCCGUACAUUUGCCAGCGAACUCCGCGGCCCACAGACCCUAUGCAAUGGACACGUCGUGCUGGCGAAUCGCGCUGCAUCAGAUCCCACUCCUAUUCCCACUCCCGCAGCGGGUCCUAGUAUCGGCCGUCAGGGUAUGGGCUCGGCUCAGGGUCAGGGUGUAUACACCGGACGACGAGUUCUGCAGUAUGAAGAGGUGGAUGAGGAGGGUGAGAGCAAGGGCGUGGAUCUGAUCGAUCUGUUCGGUUGA